AUGCCCGCGCUCGCCUCCCCCGCGCCCCUUCUCGCGCGCGCGCCGCCCCGCGCGCGCCGCCACGCCCGCCUCGCGCGAUGCACCGCCUCCGGGGAGUCCACCUCCGCGAGCGUCCGCGUCUUCAAGGGCGGCAGCGCGGAGGUCCUCUUCGGCGCUAAGCAGAACCUCUUGGGUUGCAUCGAACGAGGAGACGACGACGGAGUGGAGCUCGCUUUGAAGGAGCUCGCGGGUCUCAACCCGACGCCGGCGCCCGCGCGGAGCGAGAAGCUGCUCGGCAGCUGGCAGCUCGCGUGGAGCCGGCAGGCGUCCAGCAGCAACCCGUUCCAGAGGGCAUUCGCCAAGUGGUCCACCAAAAAUCUGCAGAUCCUCACCGCGGACGGGCUGGAGAACUACAUCGAGCUCGGGCCAAUGACCGUCUCCGCCCGCGCGCCGAUCAGGGCCGUGUCGGACGAGCGCACCGAGGUGAGCAUCUCCACGAUCGACAUCGCGCUCUUCGGCAACGUAGUCAAGACGAUGGAGAUGACGCCGAAGCCCGGUCGCGGCGCCGGGUGGGUCGAGCAAACCUUCCUCGACGACGAGAUGAGGAUCAGCGUGGGGAACAAGGGGAGCGUGUUCGUGCACGUCAGGGAGGGGGAGCGGGACGGAGACGGGGACGGGGACGGGGACGGCGACGGGGCGGCGGAGUCGACGAGCGGCGGCGAGAGCACCGCGCUGGCCCGGCGAUGA